GAGACUUCUCUUGAAGCUGACAUGAAAGAAACACAAGAUGUUCGGGAAGCUUCAGAGGCCGUGGAGACUGUAGUCCACAAGCAGGAGGAUGGAGUGGAGCAGCAGGAGCGAGGAGGAGACAAAGUGGGAGUUCCCCUCGUGAUACACCCAUCUUCAGUACGUUUUUUUCCAUCGACGACAAAUUUAGACUCUAUAUCACUACCACUUUCACAGUCAUUAUUCUCUGCAAGGUCGCGCAAUGACUAUCUGCCUCGUUCUCAGAUUAGUGGAGUAAAGAUUUCAACCAUUGGAUCAGUUACCUCAAAAGGUACCAUGAGCUAUUUGAAAAUGAAAACAGUACCAUGCUUAUUAGGUAUGAAAAAACAGUCUCUGUUAAGCCUUGGUUCUGAGUCAACUAUGAUCGGGGAAGGAGAAGAUUAUUUCCUUUCUUUGUUUGGUAAUUCAAAGAAACUUACUGCAUACCCAAGCCGCUCCAGGACAUCUUACAGACACUUUUCCAUGAUUCUUGAAGAAGUUGGCCAGUCUACAUCCAGUUCUCUUGGAGAUAUUAAAAUAGCUGAAGUGCAUAUCAAGGGUUUGUUUGUAAAGCUCAUUAACUCUUCCCUUGACAAAGAAGUCGGAAUUGGCAAUUACAUUCUCCAGCAAAACGUGAAUGGACAGAGAGUUUCUUUGUACCAAUUCCUUCCAAAUAUUACAAUGCAGGCCAAUACCACAGUAACAGUGUGGGCUGCAACAUCUGAAGCAAAGCAUGAGCCACCAUCACAUUUCCUUUGGAAGGAACAAGACAAGUUUAUAACAAGUCCAGAUUGUACGACAAUCCUGUGCAAACCUAAUGGUCAAGCUGUUGCCUGGUAUGUUCCUAUUCACUGGAAGCAAGCCUGGGAAAAAUUAGAGACUGACAUUGAAUUUGACAGAUGCUCAGUAGUCUCUCCAACAUUCCGAGGGCACAUGUUUCACUGGAUAAGAUCUACAGGUGUACCUACAAAAACACAAGAUCAAGCCAAGAAACAUACCUUGAAAUGUCACCUGGAACAAUAUAACGAUUUUAUUAAGAGGUAA